AUGUGCAAUGAUUGGCAUAUUGCUACUCUUAGUGGGGGCAUGUUUCGAUUCCAAGAUGCCUCCAUCGAGGUGAGGCAUGAGAGGUGGUGUGCUGAACACAGUAGAGUCUACAAGGAUAAGGAAGAAAGACUUAGAAGGCUCGAUAUCUUCAAGAAGAAUGUGGAUUACAUAGAAGCCUCCAACAAAGCACGAAAAUCUUACAAAUUUGGAUUGAAUGAGUUUGCUGAUCUCACAAAUGACGAGAUUAGAGCACAAAGAAAUGGACUGAAGGCCUCCAAAGUCAUGAGGUCAACCUCAUUCAGAUAUGAAAAUGUCACUGUGCCUUGCUGCGUGGAUUGGAGGGAGGAAGGAGCCGUCACACCAGUGAAGAACCAAGGAACAUAUAGAUUGGUUCUUGUGGUUUGGAUUGUAGGAUACGUCACUUUUAGAACAAGUUGUUUUAUCUUUCGCAAUUGCUCAUUUACUUUACAUUUUUAUGAGCUUGAUCGACUUUCUCUGUUGUUGGUUCAAUAG